AUGUCGUCGCGCAGGCGAACUUUGCUCAAAGUCAUCGUGCUCGGCGACAGCGGUGUGGGCAAAACGUCAUUGAUGAACCAAUAUGUGCACAAGAAAUUCAGUCAGCAGUACAAAGCUACAAUUGGUGCUGAUUUCGUAACCAAGGAACUUCAAAUAGAUGAUCGCCUCGUCACGCUUCAGAUUUGGGACACUGCUGGCCAAGAGAGAUUUCAAAGUCUUGGAGUUGCAUUCUAUAGAGGUGCGGAUUGCUGUGUUCUGGUAUAUGACGUGAAUGUUAUGAGGUCAUUUGAUACCCUCGACAACUGGCAUGAGGAAUUUCUCAAGCAGGCUAAUCCACCUGACGCGAAGACCUUUCCCUUUAUAUUAUUGGGAAACAAGAUCGAUAUAGAUGGUGGCAAUAGCAGAGUGGUAUCUGAGAAGAAAGCAAAGGAAUGGUGUGCCUCAAAAGGGAACAUACCUUACUUUGAGACAUCAGCAAAAGAGGACUACAAUGUUGACCCUGCAUUCUUAUGCAUUGCAAAGGCUGCUCUAGCCAAUGAAAAUGACCAAGACAUAUACUUCCAGGGCAUGCCAGAGGCUGUUACGGAAACAGAACAACAAGGUGGUUGCGCUUGCUGA